AUGACAAUGGCGCGUCAAGGUCGUGCAAACGACGCAAAAUUUCGACCAAUUAAGAAAUCUGUGAAAGAAAUAUCAGUAACUUGUCCAACUAUAGUGGACAAGUCUUUAUCUGACGAUUCUCUUAAUUCACUCGAUAAUCUCUUAGAUGAUAUAACAUCUGAAAUAUCCGUCAGCAGAUAUGUUAGGAAUUUGAAAUCCAUGAAUAAUACUCAAAAGUCAGAUGAGUUAGAAAGCAUCUUAAGCUCACAUCGAGAAACUCUGAAUACAGAUUAUGAGUUUAUUUCAUCACUUCUUAAGAAAAAUGAGGCUCUUCUGAGGGAGAAUGCUGACCAUAAACUGACGAUUAAACAACAAGCCAUUCAAAUUCAGUUGUUAGAAAAUAAACUGAAAAUGUUAUAUAAUAAUCAAUCGGAAAUAGGUACAAAUACAUUGGAGUCAAGAAAAAUUGACAUCCUAGAAAAAUGCUGUGAAAAAUUACAAAAGCAGAUUUUUGAAAUGGAAGAAUUUCUUCAUGAUCACGGUUUGAUGUGGAUUGGCGUGCAACCUUCAGACGACUGUACAACAAGUAACACUGGUAGUAAAACUGAAAUAAAAUUUGAUGAAAGUGUCUUCAAUCGUUUAAUCCAACAAAUUCAUUCGUUGAAUAAAUGGGUUGAAGGUGGAUGUGAAAAGAAAAUUAUUUCACAGUCAACUUCAUCCAACAUAGCUUGUUUAAGAAAUGAAUCACCAGUACCAAUUGUUUUAUAUGCAGAUGGAUUAUGCUUUAAUUCUGAACCAUUUCGUUUAUAUAAAAGUCAUGAUACACUGCAAUUUAUUCAAGAUAUUUUAGAUGGUUACUUCCCAUCAGAAUUACAAUCCCGUUAUCCAAAUGGUGUUCAGCUUAAGUUGAUCGAUAAACAUACAGAGCACUUUAUGUCACCGAGAAAACCUAAUCCAUUUCUAUCCUCUGGGCAUAAAUUGGGAAGUUUAUACAAUUCACUAGCAGAUGAAUCAAACGAAGAUUAUGAUAUUUCUAGCCAUGAGAAGUUUAUGUCAAACAAGGAAGAAAAUGGCAUCACAGUUAAACAGGUUGGAAAUCAAUCAGAUGAAGAAAUGAAUAAUUUAUUGAGUGAACUCAUUCCACACGAACCGUUAACGUUUGAUGAUUUAUUAAAACGCUUACCAGAGAGUAAAGUAACUAAAUCUGGUCACAUAAUAAAUGUUAGAAAAGAUAUAAAAGAUGAAUAUGGUGGACAUGGUAUUAUUCCAACAAUCAAUAAUAUUGAAACAGAUCAUUUAAUAAAAGAACACAUAACACAUGAUGAUGAGCUUAUAACAUUAAGAGUAUAUUCAGAAAAUGGUUCAGAAAUAUACACUUUAAAAAUGCAUCCAAUGAAUACAGUAGAAGAAUUAUAUUCAAUCCUUAACUGUGCUAGAUCAAAAAGUGUUUCUACAGUUAACAGAUCUUAUCGUCUUGUAGCUAUGGGUACGCGUAAUUCCCAUGAAAAUUCAAAUCAACUCUGUUAUCGACAAUCUUUAGUUGACUUAUCAGCAACACUUAAAGAAUGUGGAAUAGCAGGUCGUACUACACUACGUAUGGAAUAUCAUCCAUAUAAACUGACAAAACGUGAAACACAGAUUGAUGUAAAUAAUCUUUUAUCAACUCAACAGAACAAUCUAUGGAAUCAGACAGAAUCAGUAGUGUCUAACCAAAGAUACAAUGAAUCUUUGAAUAAAUCUACAACUGAAGUAAUGGAGCCUAUAUGGUCAAGAGAAAAUAUACGUGCACUACAGAAUUUACUUACAGAUCCUGAAGAAAGAGAAAAUGGUAGUGAUCAUGACGAUGCUGUAACUCCAAUGUCUAAAAUAAAACCAAGCGAUAUUGGUCCUAAGCCUAAAUCUAAUGUUAAAAAGGAAAAACCUAUUCAAAAAGCAAAAAAUCCUGAUGAUAUCUGGGAUGCUGAUGAAAUACCAGAAGGAACACAAUAUGAAGAUAUAUAUGAUCCACGACCUCAGCCUAAAUAUGAGAUAAUGUAUAGACAAGCAGUAACAGCUGAAGAUGUUUAUUUACAGCUCGGAAGAAAAAAUCCAACAACAGCCUGUUGUGAAUUUAUGGUGAUUAAGAUAACUCUUCCAGACACACAACUGUCUAGUAUCAAUCUGGAUGUGAAAGAGACAUUUCUCGAUCUCAGAGCGCCGAAAUAUAAACUUGGAUUGUACUUGCCAAAUCCUGUAGAUCCAGAUUCCAGUAAAGCAGAAUGGAACGAAGAUAAAGAAAUAUUAGAAGUAACUUUAAGAAAUAAAAGGGAAUAUGAUUUUAUGAAUGAAUAA